AUGACAACUGUUAAUGAAAAAACAAUAACAAAAACAGUUUCAACGAUGUUAACUUGUGAAUCGAGCACAGUCGUCACAAGAGAAGAAUCAUCAAUAUCAAAUUCUAUGACAAGCACUCAACUGUUAUUAAAACCAUCGAAUAAAAAUCAAAAAUGGAAAAUUAUUUUAGCUAUAACAAUUCCGUUCCUCUUCAUUCCAUCAAUACAAUUUGAUUUUGGUUCCAAAAUACUCCAAGAUGCAUGUUCAAGUGAUUUUUGUUUGUCUCGCUUGUUGGCUUUUUCUUCUUGUCUCGGAUAUCAACGGUGCUGA